AUGACAAAAAGCUGCGGCUCUCCUGACACCGACCGACUGGCGCUCCUUUCCUGCAUGUUCCCGGAGAAGCGAACGGACCGAGUUUACUGGUUGAAAGAUACCAACUUGGCUAGGAUUAUUGGCAGAUGGGGGCUGCUCGGGUUAUCGCGCCGCGAGGAGCUCGAGAAAUGGCGUGUAUCUGGCGGAGCAGACCUCGGUCAAUGCGUUGAGAACGUGAUGAGACAAGCAGAAAAUCAUAUUGUCAGCGGCCAAGAGGUGACUGUGGAGGAGAUUGACACGGCAUUGAAUAUGAUAGCUUCGCGAUGCCGGUUUUCCGGGCCAAGUGUCAGAAGGCAGCGUUCAGCGGUUGAUGUAGAGGAGACGCUCGCUCCUCUAUACCGUCGGCUCAGUAGCAGGGACGCCAAGUGGCUGACGCGAAUGAUACUCAAGACUCACAUCUCUGAUACGCUGCCGGAAAGGUUGACGCUGAAGAGUUUCCAUUUCCUGCUCCCACACCUAUUGCUCUUCCAAAACUCAUUUGAAGCGGCAGUGACGUUGCUUUCCUCCGAACCCAUCAUACAUUUCCCACCUAGGCCUGAAAUCGGAUAUGCGAGAGACUUAGGCAAAAUAGCGUUGCAUCAUCUCAUACCGAAGAUUGGGAUCAAGAUCGGAAGGCCGGAGUACUUGAAGGCACGAAGUAUUAAGCACUGCUGCAACAUGGUGGGACAGCGGAGGAUGAGUGUUGAGAGGAAGUAUGACGGUCCGGCGUUUUUAUUGGAACAGAAAGCGAUUCUCCGUCAGUUUUACCCAGCGAGACCUCUGCAUGCUGUUGCUAACAAAAGUAGACCGCAGCCAUAUGAAUGCUUGAUGAUGGUGUUUUUCGAUAUACUUGUCCUCGAUGACGACAUCUUGCUACGAAAGCCGCAUCGAGAAAGGCGAUUGCUCCUCAAGAAUACAAUACAAGUAAUCUCGGGUGUCUCUGAUAUAGCUGACCAGCGCAUCAUUGACUUCUCCCGCUCAGAUGGUCAAGCCAAACUCGAGACGCUUUUUUCUAAGGGAAUUGCUGAGCGCUGGGAAGGCUUCAUUCUAAAGGGGUGCGAGGACCCAUAUUUUCCCAUCCUGGUGGAAUCCGGGAUUGGUUGCGAAGGCCGUUGGAUCAAGCUCAAAAAGGAUUACAUCCCAGGAUUGGGCGACACAGUAGAUCUUGUGUUAGUCGGUGCAGCAUACAAUGCCCGUGAUGCAACCAUACUUGGACUAGCGAAAAAGGAAACGUGGACACACUUCUUUGUGGGCUGUCUUGAAAACAAGGAGGCUGUUUUACGGUCCAAAAACGAACCUAGGUUCCGCAUCAUAGAUGUGAUCGACCAGCAUGGCAUCAGCCGGGCAAACAUGCAAAACCUCAACAGCUUUGGCAAGUAUAGCGCCCGAAGUGUAGACUCUGACGAUGGAGUGAUCAUUGGAGAAAUACGGCCGGGCUUGCCAACAAUAGAUGUUGUCUUCAAGACGCCAUUUGUCGUUGAAGUGAUGGGAAGUGGUUUUGUGAAGCCAUCAGGCGCUCGAUAUUAUACAAUCCGUUUCCCCAGGAUUCUGAAGAUCCAUUCAGAUCGGUCAAUCGAAGAUGCUGCAUCCUUUCGAGAGUUACAGGUUCUAGCUGAGAUGGCGACAUCCGUUUCUUCGGAAGAGCUGCUCGAUGAAGAAGCAGAAUGGACGAACCGCGUCAGGUCGGGUACAUCUAAGCCAGGCCAUUGUCCAGAUGAGUCACAAAACGUGUCUACCGUUAGUCCUCCUGCUUCCGCAAAGGCUAUCCCCAUAUAUAUCGAUUGUUCGCCACCGAGUUCAUCGAACGGCUCACCUGGAAGCAACGUUUUGGCAAACAAUAGCAAUCUCUCGUCACAGGGAAAUGCUAAAAAACGAAAAGCAUUGCCAUAUGCGUCUGAACCAUGCGCCAAAAAUACCUAUGGGGGGCUCGACAGAGCCCAAAAAGUAACAAAAGUGGUUAAUCCAGCUUUGGUAGUCACAUCUCCCGCACAAUACCUUGCAACCAAAGUAGGUCCUCCACGAAGCGAUCACGCUAGCACAGACAUUCAAAAAGUCUCGGCCAGCGAGCGAAAAGCAGACUCUGAAGAACCUUCGAGAUCUCCUCUCGCCAGAAUUCCUAUCUAUAUCCACCCCGAGACUGCUUCGGAGGUCCAGACAACGUUCAACGGUCUAUCGAACGUUUCCCAUACCAUCGAAGAGUUCCUUCGUAUGUUGAAUUUUGACAGCCGCCGACUGGGGCCAGAGAAAUCAAACCUCUUUCCGGCAUCCGAAAACAUCACCUUGGGAAUUAUGUUUGCCAACAUUUCCAGAGACCCUCUAGGCCCGACAUUGCUCGAACUAAGCAAACAUAUUUCCAAUGCGCUCACCACGCCUCCAUGCAGUCAUAACCCUACGGGCCGGGUCUUCCUCCUCAACUCAAACUUCCUAAACCUGGUCGUCGACUGGAAAAACCACAUAUUCUGCCUCCGUAAGACCUGGGAUAAAAUCAGCCGAUUUCCCAGCACUCCCUUGGAUGCUGAACACCUAACCGAAAACUCCAUUGUCACUACUACCACGCGACGGACCCAACCAAUCGUGGCCCUCAGACGGAGCCUAGGGCCCGUAUCUGCGUUUAUACCUGAGGUUAGGAUAUCGUUUGAUAGAAAGCAGAUCUUGGUUCUUGUUGGCUCGUAG